UUAAUGGGACAGGACUGGUUUGUAUUGAUUCUGCGAUCACAGUAGUGCGCGGCACAAAGUUUCCACUCAGAGUUGGAAUUCCUCCUCAGACACAUUAUUACAAUAUUUCUUUUUUUAAAUGGCACAUGAUUACAGUUAAUAACACUACUGCACAACUUAGCCCGACUCUUGAAGUUAGCAAUCUAUAAGAACUAAUGCUUUGAAAAGCUUGCAGCAUUUCUCUUCCUCUUCUGCUCCCAGUUACAAUCAACAUAAGAAGAUGACUGGAUUUCUUGUGACAGCCCUGCUGCUGUGUCUUCUCAAGGAUGGAACGUCCAUGACUACGGUGUGGGAUGAUGAAGACUUCUUCCGCUACUGUCCACCAUCUCGGUGCAGCAAACAUGGGCCGGAGAUCAGGUUCCCUUUCCGGCUUGAAUCCAGCAAUACAUCAUCAUUAUGCGGAGCAUCAGGCCUGAAGCUAGCAUGCUCUGGAGACGACACCAUUCUGUUCCUCCCACAGAACAAGAGUUAUAAUUUCAAAGUGACCACCAUGGAUUACAAGAGAGGUUCCCUGACGCUCUCACCGCGUGUGAACAACUCCUCCCCCUCCUGCAGACAGAUGCUCAUGUCAGUAGCAUUACCUCAUAGCACUGUCGACGCUGAGGGACCUUUCCCACAGUUAUGCACUGAUUUUGGAUAUGCGGUGAUAGUAAGCUGCUUAACAGAGUUCACACCAAGUGAUCGUGCUGCCAAUUAUAUCUACGGACCAAUCUCAUGCCUUAGUAAUAUGACCAACUUCUCCUAUUUGGUUGAUGCUAACGCAUACCAGUGUGUUCUUCCAUUAGAUUGCAGGAUCAUACCUGAUAGCUUCUUUCUGAUGACAUCUUAUGGUUCAACAUUCAUGGAGAAAGCAGAAGGAAUCCUCAAUUUUUCUGAGGCGGUGACUGCAUAUGAUUGCUAUGAGAAUCCUGGACGUGAGAUUUUUGAGAAUUGCACACAGUGUGAACGUGGUGGGCGACGCUGCGGAUUCAGCCAACAGAGGAACCAAACUUUAUGCAUUAAACAAGGUUCACGCAUCAAAGUAAUUGCAGCUACCUCCACUGCAGCCACAUUAGUUGCCCUUUUGUUUAUGGUGGGUACGGCACUCUAUCUUUCACUCAAGACAAGAUAUAACAAGGAGAUACACUUGAAGGUCGAAAUGUUUAUGAAGACAUAUGGCAGCUCGAAACCCACAAGGUACACUUUCUCUGAAGUUAAGAAGAUAGCAAGGAGAUUCAAGGAAAAAGUAGGCCAGGGUGGAUUUGGGUCUGUAUACAAAGGCGAGCUACCAAAUGGAGUGCCUGUGGCUGUCAAAAUGUUAGAGAACUCUGCAGGAGAGGGAGAAGAAUUCAUCAAUGAAGUUGCAACUAUAGGACUAAUUCAUCAUGCAAAUAUUGUGCAUCUAUUGGGAUUUUGCUCUGAAGGAACUAGACGUGCCCUUAUUUAUGAAUUCAUGCCCAAUGAGUCAUUGGAGAAAUAUAUUUUCUCGUGUUAUUCUAGUACCUCUCAAGAACUCAUACUACCAAACAAAAUGGUAGAUGUCGCUUUAGGCAUUGCCCGUGGAAUGGAAUACCUACAUCAAGGAUGCAACAAGCGCAUCCUCCACUUUGAUAUCAAGCCUCACAACAUCUUGCUGGACUACAACUUCAAUCCAAAGAUCUCAGACUUUGGCCUUGCAAAACUGUGUGCAAGGGAUCAAAGCAUCGUUACCUUGACAGCAGCAAGAGGCACUAUGGGGUAUAUUGCGCCAGAGCUCUAUUCUCGUAAUUUUGGGGGCGUAUCCCACAAGUCAGAUGUUUACAGUUUUGGCAUGCUGGUGUUGGAAAUGGUAAGCGGAAGGAGGAACUCAGACCCAAGUGCUGACGGCCAAAAUGAGGUUUAUCUCCCAGAGUGGAUCUUUGAGAAAGUAAUAAAUGGGCAGGACAUGGUAGCUAGGGAAAUGACAGGAGAAGAGAAAGAAAAGGUUAGACAUCUGGCCAUCGUGGCACUAUGGUGCAUUCAAUGGAACCCAAGAAACCGACCCUCAAUGACAAAGGUGGUAAACAUGUUAACAGGGAGAUUGGAGAAUCUUCAUAUGCCCCCGAAGCCUUUCGUCUCAUCUGAAAGCCAUGAGAUGCCAUAAAAAUGGAGGUAUCAUCAUUUAAUGAAUAAUUGAGAGAUCUUAUUAGUUACUCCAGUGUUGCGCAGUAAUGAUCUGAUAGCACUAGCAUGGAAUGUAUUUCGAUCUUCCUACUGUAUUAGCACGUGGCUUAUGAAUAAGAGUCAGUUGCCACCAAGUAAUACUAGUUAUUUGUAACAUUUGGGACUCGAUUUGAGUUGCAAUUUUAUAAUUCAAAGAUAAUGUAGUCUUUCCUUUUUCUGA